AUGACGAUCAAAACAGUGUUGUUGGCAGUGGGAUUUGAUUUAGGCUCAUCUUUACUGGAUGAAGUAUUCAAAUGUUUUCAAAUGGAUAAGCCUACUGAGAAAGUGAAUUACAAUGAAACUGAUGAGAAUAACAAAAGUGAAUUGACCAGCACUAUAAAAGAGAACCCUAGAGAACAUUCAAGUAAUCCUAUUCAGCAAUUAGAUUCUUUGAAUUGUCUUGGUAACAGCUAUUAUGGUGAUGAGGGGGGAAAUAAUAAUAAUAAUAGUAAUAAUGAUGUUAAUCAGACAAACGAUUUCAGUAGCACUUUGAAUAAUAAUUCUACAAUGGUGAAGUCUCCGGUUACACCAUUGAAGAAUAUCAAAUCUGAUCUAGUUGAAACUAGAAGAGUAGUGUCGAAAGGGUAUAACGCUGCCAAACCACUGCAUACUACCACUUCAUCUUCACCGUCUUCUAAUUCAAUAACAAGAAAAAUUUUAACUAACGGUAGUUUAACACAUCAUAACAAUCAUCACCAUCAUAGCGUACAGGCAACCAGUAAUGUUAACAGCAAUAAUAAAAACGAUAAUACUAACAAUAACGCUGCUAACAUAAUUACUCCAUUUAUUUCUAGUCCAUCGGAUUGUAUAAACUCAUUGAAUUAUGAAUCAGCAGAUAAUGAAUUGACUAAUUCAAUUAUCCAUGACAGUUAUAUGAUGAAUGAUGUCGUCGACGGUGAAGCCGAUGGUGAUGGUGAUGUUAAUCAUUUAAAGAAAUUAAAAUCUGUGCAGAAAACAGAACACAAAUCGUUAUGGAAACGUAGUUCCUUUGGGAGUUUAACACGUCGUAGUUCAUCUGUGUCGAAAACACUGCAAAGAAAUAAUUUCAAUGGAUUCAAUCAAUCAGAUCAUGAUGAGAAUAAACGAUUGGUAAUAAGCAGACCAGUUCUGCUAAGUCGACCGAAUUCAAUUACUCAAACAUCUCUAAACAAGUUACCGUCGAAUUCUUCUUCAUCUUCAAUUAUUGGUGGGUUAACUGAACCAAGCAGUUUAGGCAGUUCAACAAGUCGUGGAAGCUCAUUGACUGUUGUUUCUUCUUCCAAUGGUUGCAGCGGUGGUGGUGGUGUUGGUGGAUGUGAUAGUAGUAAUGGAGGAUAUGCUUCAUCGGUGAAUAACGUUCAAGAAGAAUUAUUAGCACAUUCAUUGAAUACAGAUUUUGAUCAAGGCCAACAGCAGCAGCAACAACAACCACUAUCGUCAGCAUCAUCGUGUUAUUAUGAAAUAUCAACGAAUGCAUCACUUUCACCAGCGCCUAGUUUAUCAUCAAUGACAUCAGUUUCUGGUGGUCUACCGCAUUCAUUAACAUCUAGCAUUAUAAGUACAACAACGAAUACAAAUAAUUCUAGUACAACUGCGAAUACAACCUACUUACUGCCUAAUUCUAGUAUUACAUCAACUGCUCAAGGUUGUCUACGAGCUUUACGAUCUGGUGAUACAGUAUUUCGUGCAUCAACAAAUAUUUCAAGUGGAACUUUAAACUCACGCAGAAAAAUAAGUACAUUGUCGAGAACAAGUGUUACAAUGAUGACAGAUGAAAGAUUCAGUAAUUCAAGAAUCCAAAACUUAUCUCCAUCUGCAACUUUGGUUAACUUAUCAGCUAAAAAUGUAUGUGACACUGGUGUCUUGUCUUCGUCGCCACCGUCAUCCUCAUCAUCAAGUCUACUACGGAAUAAAUCAAAGUUGCUGUUCAAUCGUGAUAUCUACCAGCCAUCAAGUCAGAUGAGUCCAAGUCAUUCUGCGUUUUCUGCUGUUACUAAUCCCCUACAGCAUAAAGAUUUAACGCGUACACACGGAUCACAUCUAUCGUCAUCGUCUUCGUCUUCGAUAUCAUCGCCUACUACUACUUCUACUACUACUACUCCUUUCGCUUAUGAUUCAAAUGGACAGUAUUCACAGAAAAAUAAUAAUCAAACGAAGUCGAAUCACACUACACUGUCACAACCAUCAGCUGCACCUCGAUCACCACUAACAACUAGAACAAUAAAAGAUGGUGAAAACAGUGAUAACAGGUCUAGCAUGGAUUUAGAUUGUGUUGUGGCAUCAUUUCUAGGCAAAGAUUUUGCUGAUUUCCUGAAUAAAGACAUCAAUAUAUCUGACUCUUCAUCGUCAUCUUCAUCGUCAACAUCUUCCAAAGUGCAAAUGAGUAAAACUCGAACCGGAUUGGAUGUUCAAACAAAUUUAUACAGAUCACCUUUCAAAUCAAGUCUAUCUAGGCUACCGAGAGGUGGUAGUCAACGUGAUAAUAAUGAUAACGGGGAUAAUGGAGAUGUACUUGCUAUUUAA